AUGGCGGAUCUUCCCAACGGUGGCAGAAUCGUGCCCAUAGUUUCGCCCGCCCGUCAGCGUUACGCCCUUACUCCCCCCGAUGAUGAGGUGGAGGUCAAGGAUUCCCAGCAAUUGCCACAGCUUUCUGAAUCCAGGCCUUCAAAGCAUACACGCAGCAAAACGGUGGAGACAGAAUGCUUGGAGCUCCCGUGUCUCACGGAGUUAGGGCUAUAUGCUCUUCCCACCGAGGGUGAUGGGAACUGUCUGUACUACGCCCUCUCCGACCAGCUCUACGGCGACUUCUUCCAUGCCGAGCCAAUACGCAUUCGUCUUGCAGACCACAUAGCCGCUAAUCGGGAUUACUUCAUAAGCUUCAUGGCAGCAGUGGGUGGGGAGCGUAGAGCUCCCAGGCGUGCUGCCGCAUUGGCGGCCAGACAUGCUUAUUAUUCCUCAUCCUCUGCUAGCCCCGCGCCUCCUUCGGUCAAAGACAAAGAACGCAGCUUCGAUUUCAAGGUUGCAGAGUCCCGGAAAAAUGGGGUCUGGGGAGGUGCAGAAGAGAUCCAAGCGUUUUGUCAAUCGUUCAAAAAAGAUGUGAAUGUCUACACCAUGUAUGGGAUUCAGAAUUUCCGUGACGUCCAUGCUCCGGAUGAAGAGGAAAGAGAUACCGUACACAUUGCUUUUCAUGACUUCCAUCAUUAUUCCUCCGUGCGGCAUAUCCAUGGUCCUCACCAGGGCUUACCGCAUAUCCCCAAAUUCGACAAAACACUCAAAAAAGAGGCGUCUUCGGCACCAAGCACGGUUGUAGACCUGGCCAGUCCAUGGAAGAUAUCGGCGAUUCAAGAGGGACUAGGGGGCAAGUAUGACCGAGACGCGAUCGUCGAAAUGCUUCAACAAUGUCGCGGCAAUAUUGACCGAGCAUUCAUCAAUUUGCUUGGCGAAGGCGCCAGCCCACAUCCAGAAGUAACCGCUUCCAAAGCGAUCAUGAAGUCUCGUUUCCAGUCAUCUUCUCGAUCAUCGUCGCCCUUCAGCACAGGGAGUAAACGCUCCGCGGAUGACUCGGAUUCAGAGGAAAAUCCUCGACCCGCCGUUCGGCGCACCAGGGCCCGUGAGCAAAAAAGACGCAUCCUUCCUGAUGUUACCGUGGGGAUAGCAUUCCGGGACGAUCAAAACGACCUGGUGUCUCUCCGUCUGCGGGUUGGCCCGGGCGAUGUCUCCGAGAAGACGAUGGCUAAACAGAAUAUAGAGAUAGACGGGAGUUCGGCUGAAUCCGCCACAGAAAAUUCUAGGCCUGCUUCUAAAGACGCAAAGACCAAGAUUAGGCCGAAGGCCGCCACGCCCAGUGAGACGAGUCAGUCAGGGUGUUCGAGCGAUGAACGAAAGCUACGACGAAGCCAACGUAUCUCACGGGGUCGCAACCCGCCUCAAGCAACUUAA